AUGGGAGCUAUAAAGGAGACAUUCUUCAUAUUACAUGGACCACCAAUGAUAUCUUUGGAUGAUUCAUUUCCUGCAAGACAUUUCUUGCUGGCUUUCAAAGAAAGGGUGUUCAGUCAAAGACCUAAAGGCAUUCUGAUAAUUUCUGCCCAUUGGGAAACCUCAAAACCAGCUGUGAAUUUGAUCCCUGGCCGUCAGGAUACUAUCCAUGACUUCAUCUCUAACUUCCCCAGGGCAUUAUACCAAAUCCAGUAUCCUGCACCAAGUGCUCCAGAAUUGGCAAAGAAGGUAAAGGAACUGUUAACUGCCUCAGGUUUUGAUCAGGUAGAGGAGGAUAAGAAGCGCGGUUUGGAUCAUGGAGCAUGGGUUCCCCUUAUGCUUAUGUAUCUCGAUGCUGAUAUACCAGUUUGCCAGCUAUCUGUCCAGCCAAGCCGGGAUGGGACUUACCAUUAUCGAAUGGGAAGAGCAUUGGCCCCUCUCAAGGAUGAGGGCUACCUUAUAGUUGGUUCAGGAGCUGCCACUCACAAUACAAGUCUCCCUGAAUCUACUUCGAUUGAUCCUUGUGUUCUGCAGUUUGAUACUUGGCUCAAAGAAGCCAUCCUUACAGGAAGGUAUGAGGAUAUUAACCAGUAUGAAGAGAAGGCACCAUAUGCAAAAGAAGCUCAUCCUUGGCCUGAACAUUUUUACCCAUUACAUGUAGCAAUGGGUGCUGCUGGUGAAAAAUGGAAAGCAGAACUUAUCCAUCACAGCUGGAGUAGUCUUACAUCUCUCUCCUAUGCUUCAUACAAGUUUGUGGCAACAGACUAG